AUGUUGGGCAGCGUUCUUCUCCCCACUAAGCCGCCUGGCCUGAGGAAGAAUCAUACUUAUUCUAGCACCGUUGCGCCGCCCCUUCCCCCACGCCGAAACUCCUUGUCCACUACUCCCGCCGCCAAAACUGCCGCCAAAUCCGCUCCCCUCCACAUCAAGACGGUUACGCUGUCAGGCGGCAUGGACACACGAUACAACCGCCCCUCGUCCCCGAGGGGAAGCCGCUACUCUAACCCCGCAAGGUCCUCAACGGGCACCUUCUCCGACCCCUAUUACAACUCCUCCUCGUACUCGGGAUAUGGCCGUCCCAGCUCGCCGCGCUCCAGCGUCGACCGUCUUGGAACAUCCCACCACACGCCCUACUACACGCCCACCACCUCGACCACUUCCCACUCCAGCAGCGUCAAGUACGACUCGUACACAGGACGCCCACGACGCAACACCAACGACCUGACCCGCCCCAACGUGAGCACCAGUGCCUUGCCCCAGGCUUCGCUGCCGCUUCGGACCCCCUACUCAUCCCACACCCACACCGACCGACCCCGAAGCCCUCUGACCCCUUCCUAUGCCAAGGCAUCUGAUACCUACAUCACGCCGGGCGCUUCACGAGGCCAUAAGAAGGUCUACAGUGUUGACGACAGCAGCCACUUGACCAAGCUCGUAGCUGAGGUCCAGCCUUCUUCGCACCACCGGGAUCAUGCGGAUAGGGGUUACAGUCUCACAAGUGGCGGCCGUAGCUACCAUGACAGCAGCAAGCCUCCCUCGCGCCUUACCGACCUGAGCAACAGCGAUGGCUACUCCUACACCGACCCAGCGAGCAUGUACCGCGACACCGAACCAGCCUGGCGGAGGCCACGUGCUGGUAGCUUGGAACGCGGCUCUCGCCCCACCAGCAUGAUCUCGGAUCGCCCCGCUCGUGCCUCUACCCGCGAACUUGGUCCUCCCCCAUCCACUCGUGGCUUCGAUAAGAUCAAUAGCAUCCCGCGACCUCACGGCAGGUCAUCGUCGAUUGAAAGGGCACGCGAGAUCCCCAAGUACGAUCCCUACGCAGACGCAAGCCUCGGACGAUCCUCUUCCACUCGCACUUCCCGCACUCCUGCUGCUAUCCACCAAGAGCCCCGUGAACCUCGUCGAGACACCUAUCGCGACGACUAUGCUCGCCAGGACCGCGGUGUUGAGAACAAGCGCCACAGCACUGCGUUCGAGGACCGUGAGGUGACUACCCGUGGCUUCGGCAUUGCACCAGGUCCCCCAAGCCUCGCACACGACCACCAUGCCUUGGAUCGACAGCCUCUAUACCCCCCCGCCGAACCUCCUCGACCCAGGCCACAAGAGCCCAGCAGCCACUACUACCAGCCUGAGCGUGCUGAUGCACGUAUGCCCGAUCCCCGCGCCUCUCGAGACAUCGUUCCCCCGCAGGACUACGACAAGCGACCUCGUGAGCGUGAGCGGGAGCGGGAGCGGGAGCGGGAGCGUGAGAGCGGCCGAUCUGAGGAAAAAGGUGGUUUCGUGCAAGCUGCGGCUGGCGCAGCGGCUGGUGUGGCAGCUACCUUGGGUGCCGCUGGUUACAUAAAGAACCGCGACAAGGACCGUGGUAGCGACCGAGACUCGUCCGGAGAACGGGAGCGUGAGCGACGAAAGGAAUACGAUGAGCGCGACAGGCGAGACCGCCCUGAUGAGCGACGGGAGAGGAAGUCUGAAGGUCGUCGCAAUUCACUCGUACCCCCACCACCGCCCCCGGUUGCUGCUCCCGCCGUUGCCCCUGCCCCUGCACAGAUUGCAGCUCCCGACUACCCUCCCAUCGAGCCCGAGCGCAAGCACCGUGAACGUCGAUAUGAGGACGACGACAGGGAAAAGGUACCUUCUCGCAAGCCGCCUUCUUCUGAGGGCAGCGGUGAUGAGCGACCGCGUCACUACGUCGACCGCGAUGCCGAACGUCGGAGGGAUCUAGCACCCCAGGAAGCUGCCUUGGACCCUGACGAGGAAUACCGGCGACGCGUCCAACAAGAAGCAGAGCGUGCUAGCCGCAGCACUCGCGACAAGGACAGCGAUUCUGACCGCGAGAAGAGUCGAAGGAGUAAGAAGGAUGAGCGUGACAGGUCCCGAGGUCCGGAAGACCGCUCACGUGCGUCUCCUCCCAGGGAUCGCCCCGUGAGCAUCUACGACGGAGGCAUGGUGCAGGAGCCCGAAGCACUUGACAGGGAAUCUGCAGGCAAGAGCGUCCAGAUCGUCGAGCCUCCCAAGGAACCCGUUGUGCCUGUCAAGGGCAUCCUCCGCAAACCUACCGAAAAAUUCCCUGAGGACCCUGAGCCUAUCCGCGAGGGCGUUGCACCCCACAAGGACGCCUUGAAGGGAAAGGACAUUCCUGUCGGAGCUCGAUGGACGAGGAUCGACCGCCGUCUCGUCAACCCCGAGGCUUUAGAGCAAGCCAAGGAACGCUUUGAAGAGCGGAUGGACUGCGUCAUCGUGCUACGUGUCUUGACCAAGGAAGAGAUUCAGAAGCUCGCUGAUCGUACCAAAAAGAUCCGCGAGAGCAGAGAAGAGGAGUACGAGCAUGACCGACGUGAUCGAGGCGAUCGUGAUGACCGCGAUAGGCGAAGCCACCGUUCCAAGGACGAUAGGGACGACGACGACCGUGACAGCGACCGAGACCGUCGUUACCACGACCGUGAACGACGCCGCCGUUAUGAUGAUGAAAAUGACUACGACGAUCGCGAGCGAGAGCGCGAACGUGACAGGCCUAGGAAGGUUGAGAUCGACGACGGAAGGUGA